AUGUAAUAAUAAACAAAUCUGAAAAUUUGUGAUAAAAUUUCUUAACUUGUAAACAGACCAAAAAGAAGCGAACAAGUUAAUAAAAUUUGCAAACCUGUGAAGGUUUUAUCUAACCACUUUCCAGUAUGAUUAAUAGAUUAUAAUUUAGUUUGAAUUUAAAGACAAAUCAGCUGGUUUAAAUAUUUAUGCCGUCAGCUUCUCAGAAGAUGUUCCAUAAGAUAGCAGAGAAGUUAUAAGUUAGCUUAUUAAUCUCUCUAAAGAUUAAUUUAGAAAGGCAGGCCUUGAAAAAUUUUCUGUAAAGAUUUCAUAAUAUCCAUUUUAGAUUAGAGGUCUUAAUAUUUGGAGUCCUCAGUAUGUCUAAGAAAGAAUCAUAUCAGAAGUUACACUAGAUGGAAAAAAACAUUGUGUUUAUUUGAACUUCACAAAGGCAAUCGAUUUCUAAUAUCUUGAAGGGUAUUAAUUUAAUUAAAAAUUUUUUUUAGAGAGAACCAAGAUCCUGCUUUGAUGUAGCCAUUAUAACAAGCUAUAAAUGUCUAAGUUAAGAAAGCACUCAAAGACAUGGGAUUAAGGGAGCUUAAUAGGUUAUCUUAAUUUUUUGAUCCAAAAUCUGUUGAUGCUAAUCCAGUUAGGGGUUUCCCUCUCAAAGUGUGGCUAGGAUUUAAGACAUCCCUGAAAUUAUCUUAGACAAAGCCUUAAUUACUUAUUGAUUAUGCUUCAAGAGUCUUGAGCACAGAGACAGCAUUAAGUUUCAUCAGAUCAUUUAAUUAAAAUAUUGGAGAAAUAAAGGAUUAAGUUGAAGGAAAGUCAGUACUUGCUACUUAUGGAAAUUAUAGACUAUAUAAAAUUUCUGCUGUUGAUUUUAAGAAAAAUCCAAAUUCAACUUUUCAACUAGAUGAUGGAAAAUAAAUCACUUAUGCCUAAUAUUAUUAGGAAAGGUAUAAAAUAAAAAUAAAUGAUAUGAAAUAACCUCUACUAGAGAGUUUAGAUAAAAGAAAUCCAGAUAAAAAAUUUUAUUUGAUUCCAGAAUUAGUUUAUAUGACAGGUUUAAGAGAUGAUUAAAAAUCAGAUUUUGGAUUAAUGAAAGAAUUAGCCUUUUAUACUAAAAAAGAACCUGGUGAAAGAUUAUAAAUUAUAUAAUCCUUGUUGGGUAAAUUACAAAAAUAACUUGGUGCCCAAUAAAUGGUAUUAAAAUCUGACUCUACAACUGCUGCUUAUAUUUGUCAAUAACCAUAAUUGAUGUUUGGAAACCAAAGAAAAUUAGAUCCAGAUCCAACUGGAUUUUUCAUAUUAAAAGAUCCAGUUUAUCAAAGUUCAUAUAUUAAAGAUUGGUUCUUAAUUUAUUAAUCCAGAGGAAGAUAAGAUGAUGAUCUUGCAGAUGAUUUAGUAGCAGAUCUUACUUAAUAAGGAGGUAGAUUAGGUAUAAAAUUUGACAAACCAUUUUUUAUAAAUAUGAAAGGUAAUAAACCUUAAGAUUGGGUUAAAGAAUUAUAAGCUGAAUUUAAAAAUGGUUUGCCUUCACUAGUUGUUUCUAUUACAGAUAAAAAUAGAGACACAUCACUUUAUAUUGCUUUAAAAGACUUCUUACUCUCAUAAGGUGGAGCUGGAGUAAUCCAUUAAAAUGUUACAACAAAGGCUUGUAAAAAUAAAAAUAAGUAAAGUAUUGCUUCAAAAAUUGCUUAAUAAAUCAGUGUAAAAUUAGGAAAUCCAUUAUGGGUAAUACCAAAAGUAAAAGGAAUUUCAGAUAAAAUUAUGAUUAUUGGAAUGGAUAUUUAUCAUAAAUUAGUUUCAGGAAAAUAAUCUUGUAUGGGAUUUGUGGCUCAUUUUGAUUUAGAAUGUAAAACAAGUUUUUCAAAAUCUAUUAUUAUGAGAGCUGGUUAAGAAUUUAAUCAGGCUGUUGGAUAAGCUUUUAAAGAAGCUCUAUAGGCUUAUUUUAUACAUUAUAAUAAAAAACAAUUGCCAGAUACUAUUUUGGUUUAUAGAGAUGGUGUUGGAGAAUCAUAAAUUCAAGCUUUAAUAUAGACAGAAUUAGAAUAAAUUAAAAAAGUUAUUUCAACCUACACAGCAGGUUAUAAUCCUUAAUUUGCAUUCAUUACAAUUAAUAAAAAAAUUUCAGAUAGAUUCUUUAUGAGUAUUGAUGAUGCUCCACCUUAAGCAAGAAAAAAUACUAAAAGUCCCUACAUUAAUCCAGUUUCUGGUUUAGUAGUUGCUGACAGAAUUACAUCUAAAUAUUUUGACUUUUUUUUAGCUGCUUAAUAUGUUACUUAAGGAACAUGCACACCAACACAUUAUACAGUAUUAGAUAAUAAUACUUAAUUUACUGAAGAAAUGUUUUGGCAAAUUACCUACUUUUAAUGUUUCAAUUAUUGGAAUUGGACAGGAGCUGUGAAAGUACCUGCUUGUGUUCAAUACGCUCAUAAAUUAGCUUUCUUAGUUGGAGAUACCUUCUAAAAAGCUGUUCAUUAAAAUCUCUAGAAAUAGCAUUUCUAUUUAUGA